UUGCGCAGAGAAUGCGAUGACGGUAGGUGCAGUACUAUAAUAAAGUAAAUAAAUACAAAAUGACAUAUAUGACCUCGAAUGUCAGUAAAAGUAAAACCCAGAGCUCAGAACAAAAGUCAUUUUAACAUUCCCCAGGUCCAAUGCCCUCUGAAGAUUCGCUACCCAUUCUCUUUCCUUGUCAAAGGUAAACGAUCGGUUCCCGCCAAAAAGCUUCUUACCCCUCCCGUAUAUAAAACAGUGCACCUUUUACUGCCCCAUACUCCACCACAGAGAGAGAGAGAGAGAGAUGAGGGGGACAUCCAAGGUGAUUAUGGGGGCAACCUUGGUAAUGGUAGUGAGCCUUGCCAUAGUGGUAGGCCUAAUCUUGGUGCUACUAGCUGAGCUCUACUGUUCUCUCUUACUCCGCCGGCGUCAGCUCAGAGACACCAACUCUGAAACCGCCACCACCACUACUGCCAUUGCCACUGUCCCCACAACCACCAGCACUCCCUCUUCAGAGCCCUCACAGCCCCAAAACCAGUCAUCUCCUCCCCCUCUUCGUAGCUUCUAUUCCCAAGGGGUUCUCCAUGCCCCAAGAAGCCUCCUCUUCCCUGCAUUCUCUACCAAAGAAGACAAUGCAGAAUCAAAGAAGCAGCAUUCCAAGCUUCAUCAUAUCAUUGAUGUACUCCAAACCCAAGAGACCAACACAAGCCCUCGUCAAAUUGGACUAUUAUCUGCUUCUUCUUCCCCACCAACUCCUUUCAUUCAUAUAACCACACCAAAGCCAAUUCAAGAAGUCCAUAUUCAAGGUGGUGGUGACACUACUUGUAAUGACAAAGCUGGUGGUUCUGGGGAGCAUUUUAUGUACAUUUCUAACCCCAUAUAUGACAAUGAUGCUAGGCCAAGCAGCGUGGAUACACCAUUUGAAACACCAGACACAUCGCCUUCACGGUUAGAAAUGAGUGGUUCUUCAGGUGAUGAUGAGGUUGCUCAGACAUCUCCAUGUAGUCCCUCAAGCCCAACCACACCUCCUUUGACUCCAAUGAAGAAGCUCCCAGCUGAAGCUUGCUCUGUCUCCCUUAAAAAUGCCAGAUCUUUAGGUACUUCAGGUAGUGAGUCUAAUAGUAACAAUGGCCAUUCUUCAUCAUCAUCAGGUUCUCCUUGUACCUCUCCUUCAUGGUGAUGCAUUGUCAAAGGCAUAACCAGACUGGGGGGCUUUGUUUUUUUUUUUUUUGCUUUUUUGUUAACCUUGAAAUUUGGGUUUGAUGUGAAUAUAGUAAUGGAAAUGGAAGUUGGUAGCAGAGAAAAAGACACAGUAGAGGGUAAGAAAGAAACUUUUUCUCUGCAUGCGUGGCCACGGCACCCAAGGCAAGCCACGCCAAGGCCAUCUAAUUUUCUUUAUCUUUCUUUUUCCACCAGUACGUACGUUGCAGAAAUGCUUUUUUGUUUUCAUUUGCUUGUGUGGGUGUUUUUGGAAA